ACUUGACCGUUCAACUAUACUAAUAUAGUUUCGUUUUGUUUGUUUAACUGAAUCUCAAAAAGAAUUAAAAACCAAACGCAAACAAAGUAUGCAAAGUUACAAUGCCUCUUCCAUAAGCAAAGAGAAUCUAUUUCACGCAUGCGUGAGAAUAUUCACUGCCUUAUUAUACAUACUUAUGAAUGACACUUUUUAUGUACUAAAACUCUCAGUAAAUAUAGCUAGAUCUAAAACUUUUAUGUACUAAAAUCUAGGUACAAUAUCAUGGACCUAGUAUCAGGUUCAUGUAUGGUAUAGAUAUCUCUGGGUUUCAGUAUAAUUUUUAUAAAUUCUUAAUCUAUGCAAUUUGCGCGCGACCAUGCAACGCAAUAGCGUUGUACUGCGACCACGAGAGCAGAGAACACGUCUGCAAAUUAUCCGGAUAAUUACCCUGCACAACGGGAGAAAAUCCAGGAGACGUUUGGCUAGCGCAAGGAUUAGACCGGGCAGGGAAAACCUGGCUUCCAUAUCAGUGGAUGUCGAAAAUACUUCAAACUCGCACCGAAGGGGAAUCCCAAAUCCGUGGAACUGGGAAACAGUGGAAUUAAUAAUUAAUUUCGUCGAUAUUAAUUAAUAUUUAAAAAACUUUGAAAAUAUUUCGAAGAAGGUUUAAAAGACGAGGUGAAGUUGGACGUUCCAGUGGUGAAGUUGAUCGAGGAAUUAAAUAAUAAGUGUUUGAGUGCUUGAGUUGGUUGAGAAUCGAGAAAGAGUGGAUCGCUGACGCAAUGAUACGGAAGAGUGCGCGCUGCUUCCUGUGGAUCUCGUUGAUCCUGGAGAUAGGGACAUUCGUUGCUGCUGAGGCUGACCCCGCGAUCCUGACGGGAACAGACUCGCAUUUCCAGCAGGGUCCACCAUCCCACGACCCACGACCUCGUCUCUCAGCCUCCCAGCAAGCCCAGAUCCUUAGCGACGUGCAGCAACACCAGCAACGCUACAGACGUCCCCAAGAAGUCUCCAACAGCUUCCCAAACGUGGACCACUCCAAGCAACAACCAGGGACCUUGGCAAAGUACAAAGUAGAUCGUUCAAAGCAGCAACAAAUUCAGCAAUUAUUGCAACAGCAGCAGCAGGUGCAGCAGCUGAUCCAACAACAGCAACAGAAGAUAGCUCAGCAACUAAGUAACACCAAUUACCUAGGGAACGCUCCGUCUCAGGUUCAGGCUUCCCCCAAGCAGCAGCAGUUCAGCAGUCAGUACUCCGGCCAGUUCCAGAACCUCCAGCACGACCUCUCGCAGCCUCUGUUCAGCGAUCAGCAGACAGUCCAGCUGCAGGAAUACCUAGCAAAGCAACAGGAGUUAGAAUUACUUCAAAAACAGAGACAACAGUUGUUGCUGGAGCAACAGGAGUUAAGGAGGCAGCAGGAACUGCUGAGGCUUCAGCAACUCAGAAAACUCACCUCGACGACUCCCGUAGCUGUAACUGAAGCUUCUCCGAGCACCACCUCCUCUCCUGUCCUAGUGUCGCUGCCAACAGCCAGGAAGAUCACUCCUUCGGAGACUCAGCUCUUCCUAAAAGCAAUUGCCACGCAUCAAAAGAAGUAUUCCACGACACCAAUCCCAACAACCACGAGUAAGCCUACUACUGUUACGCAGAAAAGCUAUCAAACAAAGGUAACUGCUACCCAAAACAUCCCAGAGAAUCUUCUGAGCCUUAUCCAGGACCAGGAGAGUCGAUACGUUCAGCAGGGUAAAGAGAAGCCUCAGAUUAAGAUCGUGUACCAAACUGAGAAGCCUACGACUGAAAGAGCACCUACUACCAGGGGCAGAUCUGCGUUGAAUUCGGAGAGGGAUAUACUAUUGAAGCAGCUGAAGCUAGCUUUGGCUCAGUCUGUCGAUGACGAUGUUAGGAACGUCAGUACUAGGGACAUUGUCCUUCCCAAUGGAAAAAAGAUUCAAUUUAUAGACGCACCAAGUGGUUCAUCCACUGCUGUACCUUCGGAUAGCUCUAGUUUGUCAUCUACAGUAACGUUGGCUACUACAACGACUAUCAAGCCUCCAAAAGCUAUUCUAGAGGAAUUGACCAAGGGUGUGCUCCCUCCUGGAGCAGAUUUUGAGGUUAUUAGGCAGAAGAGCGAUGGAAAGCUAGAGGAAAUUGGAAAAGCACCCAUACAAAGUCUCCCAGCGAAGAAGGUCACCUUUGUUGUCUUGGAGGAACAGCCGGAUGGUAGUUACAAAGUUCAAGGAGUUAAAGGGAACGCUGAUAAGGAGGGAAGCGACGUAGAGUCGAUUGUGGAGAAGAUCAAGAAGGGAGAGUUGAAAUUGCCACCGAGUUCUUCGAAUCCUGUCACUACAUCUUCACUGGAGAAUGUUAGGACUAGUCUCGACACUGAUUUAGUCUCAACGAGGCAUAGCUCGACGACGUUGGGACAGAGCACUGGGUCUACGACUUUCCGUCCGACCAGUGUCAGGUCUACUUCAGCUUCUGCGAGGUAUACUGAAAGUAAACCCACGGAAUACUUCCCCCACGUGACUAUCUCUCCAAAUUCGGUCUCCUCGACCGACAAGUACAUGUCAUCGGCGUCGAGCGUUGCCACCCACGUGUUCAAUUCUCUGAGUCCAUCGAACACCACCCCAAAGUUGAGCCCAGUGAACCAAGACGGCCAAGUGAUUGUGAAAUACUCGACAUCGACCAAGAGCCACUUCAUUCCAACCAUGGCACCGGUCAAUGAAAUCAUCACGACGACACCGUCGUUGGUACAGACAACUUUUCCGCACCACUCGACCAAUUCUUACGUUCACUUCACCGGGAGACCAACCAGUGAAACUGCCUCGACGUUCAGGCCAAUUUCUACCACCUCGAGACCAGCCUUACACAAUGAGAACACCAUUUAUCAGGAGGGCUUCGAGAGGUCCACCUUCUCCUCGCCAACGGAAUUACCUUCGGGGAAGGGAAAUAGGGAUCAGGAGAGCCUGACGACGUUGUUGAAGAGGGAAGGACUGUUCGCCAUGACUAAAUACUUGAAGCAGUCGGGACUCGAUAGCGUGUUGAACGAGACUGGUCCAUAUACAUUAUUCGUUCCGACAGACAAAGCUUUCAGGACGCUGUUAGUGCAACUUGGAGGGCCAGAGAAAGCGGAACAGAAAUUCCAAGAAAAUCCAAGACUCCUCAGCGGGCUCCUCUUGCACCACGUCAUACCAGGAGCCUUCAGGAUUGACACCUUGCAAGAUGAGAUGACUGGUGUCAGCUUGGCUGGGACCCAACUACGAGUGAAUGAAUACACCAUGCACGAUCAUGAGUGGAAUGAUGUGAAGGUGACAACGAUAAAUGGAGCAAAAGUGGCUCCGAAUAAACACGACAUUGAAAUCCCUCAAGGUGUUGCUCACGCAGUGGACAAGGUCAUGUUCCCUCUUCCGGUUGGUGACUUGGUGCAGACUCUGCAAGCUGAUCGAGAAAGGAGAUUCACAACUUUCUUGAAAAUGCUUUACAUAUCUGGCUUGCAAGAUACCCUGGCAGGACCAAAGACCUUCACCAUCUUUGCUCCAACGGAUGCAGCUUUCAACGCCGCAACUUCUAAAGAUGGAACACCAGUUUGGACAGAUGAAGAUGGGCCAGAAGCUACAAAAGCAAUCGUUUCAAGACAUAUCAUACCAUCGACCCUCUACACAGCGGGGAUGAGAUAUUAUUUACAGAAGGAUACGCUUCGUUCUCAAUCGCCAGUCCACAUCCAUAAAAAUGGAGGUCGAGUAAAAGUGAACGAGGCGCAUGUUGUAACUCAUAACGUUCCAGCGACAAAUGGAGUUUUACAUGCAAUCGAUGGGGUACUAUAAACGCGCAACUGCUAGAUCAUGUUUAAAAAAUUUGUCGAUCAGAUACAUCUACUAUUUAAAUUGAAUUAUGAUACAGUUACAGAAGAUUGAUAUAGAAUUUCUGGAAAAUCAAUUUAUUCACAGCCCCACUAAUUGAAAACAGAGGUUUGGUACAAAGUAUUUCAAAACAAACGCUUUUAAUAAAGUUAUAUUCAAACAAAAAUCCUCUCCGUCACUGAGCUCCACAAGUUUGGGAACAAUUCAUGUAUUACAGAAGGUUAUAGAAGUCUCUGCGAUUAAUGAACAAGUAAGAUUUGCCAUCGAUGUUGCGAAAUUAUACAAAGAAAGAGUAAUGGGACCUUGUUAAUCAUACGUAGAAAUACUGCAAGCCGGUCGAAGGAAGAAUCGACUUGAGAGGCCUUGCUCCACUCAUCCCAACGUAGAGGAUUUUUUUCAAACUCUAUUGGACGAUGAGUAGAUGAUAGAAUAGGAUACAUAUUAUGAGGAAUAUCAAAAUCUAAUGAAAAAUUAUUUGUUUAAUCUUGAAUUCAUGAUAUAUACUAUGCUCUAGGUGUCUGUAAUACUAAGAGCAUGGCAAAAGUUCAGAAUUCUCUUUAUAGAAACUUCCACGUCCAACCAAAUGUAUUUCUAUAAUUAUAAUUAAUUUUAUCUUCUAAUUAUAGUCGAUUCUUUUUUCAAACCAUUAUUUAUAUAGCAUAGAUGUAUGUUACUCGCUCAUGUGCUUCCGGUCAAGUAUGAAAAGUUCAUCAUUGUAUAGAAUGAUAACGCAGUACCAUGAUUAGUAUUAUCGGAGUAUGUAUUAUUUUAUAAAUAAAUGUACAGUAUGAUUUUCAUAAAUUAUUAUCAUUAUUUCACUAGCAGAGAAACUAACAAACUAACAAAUAUAUACUUUUCAGUGAAGAUAAUAUCUUCGAAGCUAUUUAAAAUUAGACAAGUAAAAUUAGAUUGGAUAAAAGAAAAUUAAAGUUUAAGGGUAUAACUAAAGUUUGUUAUUAUUAUUGCAGUAGUUUUUAUAUAAAUUUCUUUAAAUUAGAAAAUACAUCAAAUUAAAUUAUAUAAUAAAAAUUACUGUUUAUUAAUGUUAUUAGCUGUAGUUUUAAUAUAAACUUCUUUAAAUUAGAAAAUAUAUCAAAUUAAAUCAUAUAACAGUUAAGA